AUGCAAUCCCACAACAAACUAACACUGAAAGAAGCUGCAUACCAGUCAAACAGACUAAUGCAGAGGCUCCUCAACAAAGAACUUCCUUUUGAGGAAGCAAAAUCGUUUUUUCAAAAUUUUUUACAAAACAAACUCGAUUCAAAGCUACUUUCUUUACAUUCACGAGCUUCUAUAGGAGUAUUAUUCUCCCAGUGCCUUAGAGAAUAUGCUCCAAUGAUUCCAUUGGCCAACCAAAGUAAUUUAGACCAGAUGAUUUACAUUAUGGCCUCAGCUUUAGUUUGCCUUGGAGAACCAACAUCAAUAGACUACAACUCGGCCUUAUCCAUACUAGAAAACCUCUUACAAACAAAUUCAUUUUAUUUAUUUUCAUCUGAAACAGCCAUUUUCGCAUUAGAGGUCCUCUCAGCCAUUAAAACGCAAGAAUCAA